UAGUGGAACAGUGUAAAAUGUGGUGCUGUGACGAAUAAACAGUUUCGCCCAAUCAGGAUAUUUUGCGCACCGUCCACACGAGGAUUAUCUUUCUUUCGCUUUUCAUUUCCCGCAAGGCUUGAAUACGAAAAUAUUAGAGUUGUGCUUCUCGGAAGUCGGAAAAGAAAAUUAUUGUGUUUGGGAACGCAUAUUCAGUCAUUUACUUUUGAACUUUAAACUUUUCACUUUUUUUUUAACUUUUCUGCGGAACAUAUUAUGAUGUCAUUGUUAGUAAAGGAAGACAAUGAAAAAAGAAGUCCCCCCACUUUCAUGCACAGAACGCAAAUCAGCGUUCCACCAAGUGGGUAUCUUCACAACCCACCAGGGAAGCGUCCAAGGUUCAGUACCCCCACACAGGAUGAUCUCUGGCAUCUACCUGGAGAGCUACGGAUAAAUCCAUUUUUGUGGGAUAAGCAAGAUGUCUCCCACUGGCUCCACUGGGCUCACAAGGAGUACUCACUACGGAGGCCAGAGAAGAGACUCUUUGAGAUGAAUGGCCGAGCCUUGUGCCUGCUCACUAAAGAGGACUUCAGAUACCGCUGCCCCAGCUCAGGAGAUGUUCUGUAUGAGAUCCUGCAGUGUGUGAUUAGGCAACGGAGAGGUUUUGUAUGUGAACCCCCAAAAACGUCUGACCCGAAAACUGAGGAGUGCUUCCCCCUAUCUCCAGAUAACAUGAAAGCUCCACAAAAACAAGACAAAACAGAAAGGAGCCUCGGAGAAGAACCUGUCAAUUUGUCUUGCCAAGAGAAGCCUAAAAGACAAAUGCACAAACCUGAUGGGCGCUUGCCAGCAGAGUGCAGGCUACUGUGGGAUUAUGUUUAUAAACUUCUGUCCGAUGACCAAUAUCAAGAAUACAUCAGAUGGGAAGACCGUAGCAGCCGAGUGUUCAGGGUGGUGGAUCCCAACGGCCUGGCCCGUCUCUGGGGACGUCACAAGAACCGAGACAAUAUGACCUAUGAAAAAAUGUCUCGGGCUUUGAGGCACUAUUACAAACUCAACAUCAUCAAAAAAGAGCGAGGGCAAAAACUCCUUUUCAGGUUUCUGAAAACACCACAAGAGUUCGGGAAAGAGCUGGAUGACCAGCUAGAGGCCCCAGCACACUUGUCCCAUCGGGACAGACAUUUUCCAGACAGCAGUCCUUUUUCUGAUUUCAGUGAAGAAAGUUUUGAGGUUUCCCCUGAUCGUACCCCUCCAGAGUGUUUUCCAAGUGGUUUCCCGGUGAGAUAGAACAACUGUUGGAUAACAAAUUAUAUGAAACUUUUUUUUUGUUGUACAUCCUCUUGCAUUUUCUUUCUUUAUUAUCCCUCAGAGGAAUCAUUACUUUUACUUUCAUUACACUAAACACGAUUAAGAGGGGAAAAAAAUCAUAAUCAUUAUUAAAGAAUCAUGUUUUAAAAUGGUCAUGAAUGUAUGUGUGGCAAAUUGUAAUGGAGUACAUACUGUGUGUAAUUAUUUGUAUGAGAAAUCUAUCGAAACUUUGUUUUAAUUUAAGUCAUGUUCAUCAGCAAUACUAAUCGUGAAAAUUAAAUGCAAUUUCUGACUUCAGUGUCUAUCCAUCCCAUUUCUGUCCCUCAUGUCUCUCGCGAUGGGUCACUAUUGUCAUGACCUAUUAAAUACUUAUAUAUACUAUAGAGUAUAUGUAUAUGUUGUGUUUAUAGUAAAACCUACAAACUUAGAAUUUCAGUUGUGAUUUCAUAUGUGCUGUAUCUGCAGAUGAAAUAGGGGCUCUCUUUC